AUGGACAUAGUGGAGAAUCGCAAGACCGAUGGUACAUCCCAAAAAAAGAAGACAGAAGCCUGGGAGGAUAUUGCAUGCCACUACAAUAACUCGCCUAACGUAUCCCAGCGAGCGAAUGCUGCUCAACUUAAAAAAAUGUGGCAAAAUCUAAAAACGAAGGCCAGAGAUGCUAAAACUUUAGAAGCCCAAAAAAAAUGGACUGGUGGUGGACCUGCACCUCCGCCUAUAGGAUCCGAAGAGACCCAGGUCCUUUCUAUAUUACCAACUGUAAUGCCAACAAUUGAAGUUGAGAUAGAUAGUGAUAUAAUCCAAUCAAGCACCUCGAAAUUUAGUGAAACAAAUGAUGAUGACGAGUGGGGCGUCAACUGUGAACCAGGCGAGGCAAGCGAACCGGAGGCCGGUCGCAUGCGUCCCGAAGACUAUCGCCUCGUUUUCCUCAGUUCCGACUCUUCGUGUCGGGAAGACACCGAAGACUCAUCGUCCACAUCCUCUUCAGCCGCGCCGCCCGCGCCCGACGAUUGUGACUGGGACUACUUCGAGCCGGGCGCGUCGGCGGCGCACCCUCUACCUCCACCCACAAAACACGAGGCACAGCCUUGCCCGCGGCCGUGCUCUUGUGGCGCCGAGCCCCGCAUAGUAGCAGUCCCAGUCCCCGUACCAGUUCCUGUGCCUGCUGCUCUCUGGCCAGCCCUACUCGCAUUCCCAACGCAAGCCCCACCAGCGCCACACUGGAACACAUAUCCCGGCUUUCCGCCUCUAGAUGCCGCAGCCCUCGCUCGGCUCACUACGGCUGCAGCCGUCGCCGUCACCGCCGCCGCGACCGCCACCGCCUCCGCCUCCGCCGCCGCAACAUCGCAAACUAAUAAACUCGAAAUGACCACCGUUGAAAGGACUGAUAAAGCGAUACAAUCCGAAUCGUCAGAAGCGCCGAUAACAUACGAUAACGAUAACACUGAUAAAAAUAUUGAACGGCCAGUUGAAAACGAGACGUCAGUCGGUAUCAAGGUGAUUGCCGAGGAGGAUUCUUUGUCAUCGUUAUCAUCGGAGCACGCAAAUGAAAUGCCGGAUCAUUUAGAUGCAGAAAAGGCUUUUCCGUCAUCUAACGAGUCGGCAAACUCGAGCGAUUCUGAACAGGGAGUAGCAAGAAGGAGCUAUGAUCUGACAAGUGGCGCCCCUGAAGAACCAGCGACAUCUGAUGAAGACUCAGACGACUCAGGAGGGGGUGGUGGUGGCAGGUUUUCGCGUGUGUUUGUGGUCAAUCCAGCUGAUUCGUCUUCUGAUUUGGAGGACAAUGCCGAUAGUAGUGGUAUCGAUUGUGAUGACUCUUACGACAAGAAAUCUGAUAGUUUAGAAAUAAAUGUAGUUGAAAUACCUCAACGUAAUGAGGUUAUUAUUAGUGCGGAUGCAAUUGGUAGUAUAUCAAAAAGGAGUGAUAACUCAAAUAUCGUGCUUCUGGACUCAGUUAAUUUUACAGAAGAGUAUUCUGUCAUUCCCUAUGAAAACAACAGUGAUGACGACGAUAGUAAUGAUGGCGGUGUUAAGAGGUCGAAUUUCUUUAAAUUUUGUGAUGAAAAUAUGCUCCAAAGUGAGACAUGUGAAAAAUACAACAGUUUUAACGCUAGUUGUAGUUCAAGUAGUAAUGACUUAGAUAAGAAAAAUCACUCAGAUAGUGAUAUUAAUCGAUAUCCAAGCAUAUCGUCUGAAAACACUGACUGUAAUUCAUUAGCGGAGCCUUUAAAUACUGAUAACGAUAUGAAAGUAAAAUUUUCAGUAGAAUUAACAAACGAGAAUAAUAAAAAAAUAAUCUCAUUAAACAAUUCACAAAACUCAUUAACUAAAUUAGCACCUUCGCCGGAGCCACGACACGAUGAUAAUACAAGUUCGACGCCCGCGGAAAAAAUAGACUUGUUUAAAGGUAUUGAACGCACACUCAGUGAACUAUUGAAGAAAGAAUUAAUGGAGGAGCAAGAGGAGGAGAAAAUACGCUGCGUUAGGCCGGUUUGUUCGGACGAGGAGAGGGGCGCGUGCGCACCUGCCGCGACAACAGUUUGCCGCUCGCGUACGGCCAGUGCGGACGGUUCCGCGCGCUUUACUAGCCGCGUUAUGAUAACGCACGACCGCGUCUCCGUUGUCACGUCAGACACGACGCGGCUCAUGCGUGACGUCAUAGUACACCACACUAAUUCACAAAGUGAAUCGGAAUCUAACCCAAGCUUGCCACAAGACGAAUUAGACGAACGAAUAUCUGACGACGAAACGCUACAGCCUUCAGGCGGAGUGACUGUUGUUAGCAAUGCCGACACUCUCUCGGCGGUUGUAUGCCUCGAGGAGGGGCUCGCAGACGACGAUUCGUGGGUCGAGGACGUCAGUCACAAUGAGGACGAGGCCACUUCACCAUCUGACACGGAUUCGGGGGAUGAAGCUUCACUGCCUUUACGAGGGGAAGAUUUCGCUUACUGUCGGCGUUCCAUAGACUUCACAUUACAUACCAUAGUCGAAGAAAGUUGCGAAGAAAGCGAAACGGAACAAACAAUAAAAAAACAACGACCUAUAUCAGCUACAGAGUUAGAAAAAUACUUUUUCUUUGGUUUGGGUGAUGGAAGAAACAUUAGGGAUGAUGAGGAUGCAGUGUCGGAAACAUCAAGCGUGUGUAGUGAGGGAGGUGAAUCUAUUGUGGGAAGUGAACAACCUACUAAAAAAAGUGGUGAAAAUGAAGAGCUAAUGUCAUCGCGAUUAGAAACAUACUUCCUUUCUGAGUUUAUGGGCUUCAAUCAACAUAGACGUGAUUCAGAUGGUUCCGGAAGUGUCGGGAGUGAUAGUGAAGGGAGACAGAGUCCCGAACAGAGGAGAAAGCGAUUAGUUCGGGCGCGGGGCACGCCUCGGUCUCAUUCUUCAUCUCUAGACAAUCUCUUAACAGGCGAAGAACCUACACAGGAUAAUCCAGAAGUUUCAGAUGGAUCCAGCACAGAAACCGAAGACAGGCAUGACUCGUCUGAGAGGCUCGACAUGCAAGGUGAGCCUAAACGAAAAAAGCAAAACAAAAAACCACGUGGUUCGCCUGCGGAUGAGCGUCGGCAAUCAGCUGAGUUUACGGAAGAAACACGUGAUGAUACUAGAUCUGUUUCGGAAGGUGAAGAUGGCAGAAUAUCACCCCGACCCGAAUUCCCACCGCUAGGAUCUGAACUGUCUGAAUCUAAGAAACAAACUAGUAGAGAUAGUGGCUUUGUAGGUAGUUGUGACGACUUACUUAGAAAUGGAGACUCUAGUUCUGAAUUUGCUAGAGCUCAUGAACCCAAAAUAGAAUUAGAAGAAAUUACCGAAGAAAUUCGGCCUGACAUAGAAGAACGCGUGGAGGGUCCUACUUCUUCGUGUCCACCUCAAAGUCCCUUAGUUCGUAAAGAUAGCUUUAAUAAUUGGUCGUCUGACGAGGAAACAAACUUGAUGAUGACAAAAAUGCGUCAAUUUUUCAAGCAAAUGGUACAUACAACUAAUGUUAGAACUUCAACCCCGACCUCCACAUCAGUCGAGAACACGGAAACUUCCCGACCCCCGAAACCACCUCAACUUUUGUACUUUGAAAGCGAAUUAACAAGAUUAAUGAAAACAGUGCCGGGAAUAAGAGAUGAAGAGGUACGCGAAAUUGUUGAAUAUUUAUCAAGCGAAGACACGUGGAGUGACUCAUACGACUCUUCUGAUUACGCUGGAUCCGAUUUAGAAGGUACAGCAGCUAACCGAUCUGCACUAAGGAAACAAAUAUCAGAUAGUUGUCGAGAAAUAAUUGAUGAGUUUGACCGAGGUGGUAACGACGCAGGUUCUUUAGAACGUGACGCCGUUGGGGCAUAUCGAAGGCUGGCACAGACGCUGGGUCGGGCUGGGGAGGGAUCUCCUCCUAUGUUCGGUAAAGUUAUGAGACACAUAGGUGGAAGAUUAGUAGCAUUAAUGCACGAAGUAUCGGCCGGUGCAUCACCGAGUACCGACGAGGAUAGUGCUUCCGAACCGGGAGCUUUAGCUCGAAGUCGAUCUCAUGAUAUACUGGAAGCUACGGCGAGUAGGGGUAGUGUUGCGAGUGAUAGUGAAAGGUUUUCGUGGCGUGGUAGUUUCGAAUCUGCCUUGUUAGCAGCAGAUUCGAGGGGUACGUUAGGAGGUGGUGGCUGUGAAUCACGGCGAUCCCCUGCGGGUGCUGAUCUUGCUGCACAGAAGUCUCACUCGAGAAGCUGUGGUGCUAUCGGCGGUAGUGAGGAUAGAUUAUGGCGAGGAAGACGGCGUGCAUCUGCACCAGAUGCAGAGUCGGAAGAAGAACAACGAGCCGGUUCCCUUCCUCGGCUACCCUCAAUCACGGGUACGAACACAGUACCGGCUGGUCCGGUCAAGUCCGCCCGAUACAGAGCUCCUGGCUUCCGAACGGCUACAAGAGCAGCAUCAGCACCGGGUCUACAUGUCCCUAGGAGGCGCAGGCCGCCUACCACGCCACUACAACCUCCGCCUGCCGCACCCGCAUCGGCACCUAGUCUUCAGGAUCUACAGACGGACGUGAAUCAAACAAUACUUAUAUAA